AUGGCUGUCAAUCGCUAUGCCUACAAUGGUCCAAUUGACCAUACCAUUGCACCAAAACUCGAAAACAUUCAAGCUAAGUCGGUAGUCAUCACAGGAGGUGCCAAUGGGAUGGGUGAAGCUUUUGUACGAGACUUUGUCGCUGCUGGUGCCUGGGUGACAUUCGCCGAUGUCAACGAAGAGCGCGGUAAAGCAGUUGAAGCCGAGCUCAACGCCGACGGCCAAAAAUGUGUAUUCGUCAAAUGCGACAUCAGAGACUGGGAUCAGCAAAAAGCAAUGUUCGAGAGAGCGAAAAGCCAGAGCCCAAGUAAUUCUGUUGAUGUUGUCAUCGCAAAUGCUGGCAUUUCCCGAAGUUCUGGGGACAGUCUAUGGAAUCUUGAUGACGGCACGUUUUACACCUGGAAACUUGCGGUUCAUUAUUUUCGCCAGCAACCGGUGAGCGAAGAACGGGACCGUUGUUUUAUUAUCACAGGUUCGAUGGUAGCUUGGAUUGACAGUCCAGGUAACUGGGAAUAUACUGCAACGAAAUAUGCCUUGAGAGGCUUCAUGAGAACCGUCCGAAGAUCAAGCCACGAGCAGUCAAUCCGCAUAAACUACGUCGCACCCUGUUGGAUCAAGAGCGCUAUUCGAACCGCCGAGUACGAAAAGUGGCUGGUGGACCGCGGUGUGGAGUUUGGUGAACAGAAGGAUGUUUCCAGCUGCAUGUUGAGAAUUGCAACUGAUAGGAGCAUCAACGGUCGUUCAUUGAUGAUCACGCCUCGUUCCAUCGCAAAAGAGGGUUUCGUUGAUAUCGACAGAGAGGACUAUAAGGACACACCAGAAGACGAGUAUCUGAAAAAGUUCCGAGAGAGUAAGGUUUAG